GGCAGCGCAGAAAAAUUCUCUCGAAAGAGCAUCCCAAAAAAGAGGAAGGAAAAAAAAGGCCGUCUCCGUCCCCGCAGCUUGCCUGCACCGGAAGUCGGCGAGCGAGAGCGGCCGGGCGCGGCGAUGGGGUCGAGCGAGGCGGACAAGCCGCUGCGGCGGAUCGCGGCGUCGUUCGAGGAGCUCGCCGCCGUCGCCAAGCAGCAGCCCCCGGGGGCCAUGGACGCCGCGGCGUUCUCCUGCGCCUGCUCCAACGUCUCCGUCCUCUUCGGCUGCCUCGGCAUCGCCUUCAAGUUCGCCGAGAAGGACUACGUCGCCAAGGUUGAUGAUUUGCUGGAGGCAUCCAAGUCAAUUUCAACAUUGCCCUCGAUGGUUGAGUUAGACAUUCAGAAGGACACUGUCAGGACAGUAGGGAGCCAUACAAGGAAUCUGCUUAGAGUGAAGCGUGGUAUUGAUAUGGUUAAGGUUCUGUUUGAGAAAAUGCUGGUUACAGAGGGCAACUCGCUUAGGGAUGCAGCAUCAGUAGCUUAUGCUCAGGUUUUUGCUCCUCAUCAUGGAUGGGCCAUAAGGAAAGCAGUUGCUGCUGGAAUGUACGCUCUUCCCUCAAAGUCCCAACUGUUGAAGAAACUGAAUGAAGAUGAGGAGUCGGCAAAGGCUCAACUGCAAAACUUUGUCAGGUCAUCAGCACCAGUAAUCCGCUACGUAGAAGACCUGUUCACCUCAAGGAAUUUGGGCAUAGAUUGGUGAAGAGAACUUGCAGAUACCUAUGUCGAUGUACUUAUCUAGUCAGAUGAUCUGCUGUGAGCUGGGCUCCACAAACUUUAUCCUGGUUAUCUACUACUUAACAAUCCUGCUCUGGUGUUGUUUGUGAUGGAUAGUUGAGUAAACACUUUGCAAGUUUGAACUCAAGUUUCAUGUAUGUGACGACAUCCAUCGAUGAUGAGGAAAUAUAUCGGCCUGCUGUUUGUAAACUUUUCUA